AUGGCGUGGACCGUCCAUGCUGGACAAAUGUCACCGAAGAACCAGAGCAACGUUGGACAUGAAGAUAUAACAUUUCGGAACUCUGCCCGACACAAUGUGCAUACCGAUUUCACGAAGCCGAUGACGAAGGGAUCAAGCUCUUAUCGCAGCAGCAAGCAGCCCCUCUGUGGUCCCCAAGCCGAAGCAACGCGAAGCAACUGUCGCACAACACCACAAGAUCCAUCCCGCGAUACCAUCAUUUGUACAACCAACGAAUACCAAUUCUGUUUCCGUGUACUGCUCCACCUUCUGCUUCGAGUUGCAGAUUACGGACUCGCCGACUCCAUCCGCCAAAGCCUCCAACAACAUCGCCGAACCCCUCAAUUCUACAAGAUGUCGGACGGAAAGGAAGUCAAGAUAACGCUCGAGUCGUUGCCCAAGAUCCUCGAAAAUGAUACCAAGGUCAAACUCGCCGGUAUCGACGUCGAUGGAAUGCUUCGCGGGAAAUUGAUUUCCAAGAAGAAGUUUCUAGGUAUUGCCAAAGAAGGUUUUGGGUUCUGCUCUGUGAUCUUCGGAUGGGAUAUGCAUGAUCAGACCUAUUUCAAAGAAUUGAAGAUUAGCAACGCUGAAAAUGGAUACCAUGAUAUUAUUGCCAUUCCAGAUCUUAGCAGCUUCAGGAGGAUUCCUUGGGAGGACAAUGUUCCGUUCUUCCUGGUCAGCUUCUUUGACCCAGAUAGUCAAGAGCCAGUGAGUGUGUGCCCGCGAGGUCUACUAAAGACUGCUUUGGAGAAGAUCCAAGCAAAAGGACUAGGUGCUAUGGCUGGAGCCGAGUACGAGUUCUUCCAAUUCAAAGCACCCUCCAACAAUCCAGAAGGCCCCCUCGCGGAACGAAAUAACUCGUCAACGGCAACUUUCCUCCAGAAUAACCCAGUAAACUCGCUUCCAUCGUUGACUGAGGGUAUGUUUGGAUACAGUUUGACCAGGCCUGUACACAAUCAAGAUUAUUAUUAUGGGAUAUUUGAUGCGUGCGAAAAGUUCAACUGCGGAAUAGAAGGCUGGCAUACAGAAAGUGGACCUGGAGUGUUUGAAGCCGCCCUGUCGUUUGGAGAGAUCCAGCAAAUGGCAGAUAAAGCAAGUCUAUUCAAAUAUGUUGUAAAAUCAGUCGCUACCAAAUACGGAAUCACACCAUGUUUUAUGGCAAAGCCACGGCAAGGUCUGCCAGGAAACAGUGGUCACAUGCAUAUUUCAAUUGUUGACGAAGAGGGAAAGAAUCUCUUCUUUCGCGAACAAAAGGAUACCAAUGCGCCAUGGAAAGACAUCGAGAACCUAUCAGAUAUGGGACGACAUUUCCUUGCUGGUCUCUUAGAGGGUCUGCCAGAUGUUAUGCCACUCGUUGCACCUACUGUGAAUUCGUAUAAACGCCUUGUCGAGAACUUUUGGGCGCCUGUGACAGUAUCUUGGGGAUUGGAGCACCGAGCUGCUUCCAUUAGACUAAUUGCACCACCAACGUCGAAACCAGGAGCCACUCGUUUUGAAGUGCGAGUUCCAGGAGCAGAUGCGAAUCCAUUCUAUGUUCUUUCUGCCAUUCUCGCUUUAGGCUGGAGAGGUGUGGAGAAGAAAUUGGAAAUCAAACAACCACCACUUGGAAAGGGACAGGAUGUUGGUGGAAAAGCCGACCCAGGCGUCAGGCUCGCGAAAAGUCUCAAGGAAGCAACUGAGAGGUUUGCAAGACCAGAAAGUGUUGCUCGAGAGGUGUUUGGCGAUGAGUUUGUUGAGCACUAUGCCGGGACAAGAGAGCAUGAAAUCAGAUUGUGGGACGAGGCGGUAACAGACUGGGAGGUUCGGAGAUAUAUCGAGACAGUGUGA